UUUUUUUACAUUUUUUUUUUUACUGUGCACAACAAAACAAAAACCUAAGCCAGAAAUAUUUACAAAUAUUGCGUGCAUUAUAGUUUGAUUGUUGAUUUGUCAAAUCGAAUGUGUGGACAUUGGAAUACCAACAGCAACAGCAACAACAACAGCAACAGUCAGACAAAAAUCAAAUAAGAAGUGCAAAAUAUUUCUAACUAAUAACGAGUAUUCGAAAGUGAGCCUCUGCCUCAAGUGUUGCCCCCGCCGAGCCCAUACUCCGGCCCACCAUUUGUGAUUAUGAGCCGCAAUAGCCGCCGCAAGGUGCAACAUUAAAGUGUCGCCGUGUUCUUCCUAUACACAUACUAUAUGUAUGCGCGUACACAUACACAUAUAUAUUCCUAUUUGCACCGUUUAAAGUGACAGAAGCAAAUAACAAAGUGCCGCAGAGAGGAAGGAGACCCGUGUUCUACAUCCAUUGAGCUUUCAGGCAGGGAGCUGCUUUUAUUUGGCAGUCGCACUCAGCGUCGCAGCCUUUGGGCUGUUUUGCCAUACAAAAUGACAAAGGGAAGAAAACGCGAUCAUGGAAAACUACAAAAGAGGAAACCAACAGUUCGAAGAUGGCCGUGCCUUUUAUGGAGUGUUCUGUCACUCCUCAUUGUUGCUAUUGACGUCGCCCCUACUAUCGGCUCACCGCUGGCGGCGGGUCAUAGCUCCUCCACUCACGCACUGCCAUAUACCAGUUACCAGAAUCAGCGCUUCGCUAUGGAGCCACAAGAUCAGACAGCCGUUGUCGGAGCACGGGUAACCCUGCCCUGUCGUGUCAUCAACAAACAAGGCACGCUGCAGUGGACAAAGGACGAUUUUGGAUUGGGCACAUCGCGCGACCUGAGCGGCUUUGAGCGCUACGCUAUGGUAGGCAGCGAUGAGGAGGGAGAUUACUCGUUGGACAUCUAUCCGGUGAUGCUGGACGACGAUGCGCGCUACCAGUGCCAAGUGAGCCCCGGGCCCGAGGGCCAACCCGCCAUACGCUCCACAUUCGCCGAGCUGACCGUUCUGGUGCCACCAGAAGCCCCGAAAAUAACCCAGGGAACUAUUAUAUAUGCCACCGAGGAUCGCAAAGUGGAGAUUGAGUGCGUAUCUGUGGGUGGCAAGCCCGCGGCCGAGAUUACAUGGAUUGAUGGCCUCGGCAAUGUUCUAACGGAUAACAUUGAGUAUACGGUGAUACCGUUACCCGAUCAGCGACGGUACACGGCGAAAUCGCUGCUACGACUCACGCCCAAAAAGGAGCACCACAACACGAUUUUCACAUGCCAGGCGCAGAAUACGGCGGACCGCACCUAUCGCUCUGCCAAAAUACGUGUCGAGGUGAAGUACGCGCCGAAGGUAAAGGUGAAUGUCAUCGGCAUCGGUGGCGGCAGCGGUAUCGUCGGAAUCAGCGCAGGAGCUAUGGCCAUGUCCAAUGGCAUUCAUCGGAUCGUGGAACAUGCGCAGGUGCGACUCGAAUGCCGUGCGGAUGCCAAUCCAAGCGAUGUUCGCUACCGCUGGUACAUCAACGAGGAGCCAAUUAUAGGCGGUCAAAAAACUGAAAUGGUCAUACGCAAUGUGACGCGCAACUUCAAUGACGCCAUUGUCAAGUGUGAGGUACAAAAUUCGGUGGGAAAGAGCGAGGACAGCGAAACACUGGACAUAAGCUAUGCGCCCAGCUUUAAACAGCGACCGCAAUCCAUCGAGGCAGACAUUGGUAGCGUUGUCUCGCUGUACUGCGAAGUGGACAGCAACCCACAACCGGACAUUGUUUGGAUUCAACAUCCCAGCGACCGCGUUGUAGGCACAAGUUCCAAUCUCACAUUCAGCGUCAGCAACGAGACAGCGGGCCGUUACUAUUGCAAGGCUAAUGUGCCCGGCUAUGCGGAAAUUGCCGCUGAUGCGUAUGUGUACCUCAAGGGAUCGCCCAGCAUCGGAUCAGCACGCUAUCAAUACGGACUGGUGGGGGACACGGCUCGGAUCGAGUGCUUUGCCAGCAGUGUGCCACGCGCUCGCCACGUCUCCUGGACGUUCAAUGGACAUGAAAUCAGCUCGGAGUCGGGACACGACUAUUCGAUAUUGGUGGACGCUGUGCCAGGAGGUGUGAAGUCGACGCUCAUCAUACGCGAUAGCCAGGCCUACCACUACGGCAAAUACAACUGCACAGUCGUCAACGACUAUGGCAACGAUGUGGCCGAGAUACAGCUGCAGGCGCAAAAGAGUGUGCCCCUCCUAAUGACCAUUGUGGGUGGCAUUUCGGCUGUUACUAUACUGAUCGUCCUCACCUUGCUCAUUAUCGUGUACUUCAAGUGUAAGAAACGCACAAAACUGCCCCCUGCCGAUGUCAUAAGCGAGCACCAGAUCACCAAAAAUGGUGGAGUCUCCUGUAAAAUGGAACCAGGCGAUCGUACAUCGAACUAUAGCGAUCUCAAGGUCGACAUAUCGGGAGGAUACGUGCCCUAUGGUGAUUACAGCACCCAUUACAGUCCUCCACCGCAAUAUUUGACUACUUGCUCGACCAAAUCGAAUGGAAGCUCCACCAUACUGCAGAACAAUCAUCAAAACCAUUUGCAGUUGCAACAGCAGCAGCAGCAACAACAGCAGCUGCAGCCGCCGCCGCCAGUCCAAAGUGUGCCCAUGACAUUUCUAACAAACAGCGGCGGCGGCAGCCUUACGGGCAGCAUCAUUGGCUCACGGGAAAUACGCCAGGAUAAUGGUCUUCCUAGUCUGCAGUCGACAACAGCUUCUGUGGUUAGCUCCUCACCCAAUGGCAGCUGCAGCAAUCAGAGCACAGCAACCACCACGCAUGUGGUGGUGCCCAGUUCCAUGGCAAUGAGUGUGGAUCCACGCUACAGCGCCAUUUAUGGCAACCCCUAUUUGCGGACGUCCAACUCAUCGCUGUUGCCGCCACCAACGGCGGUCUAAAUUUGUCCAGUCUGAGCUUAUAUCGGGACAGUCAACACAACAACCACAGCAACCACAUCACAAGACUGAUCUCAAUAAACGGCAAGUGACCGAAGUCCCACAGAUGUGCUCAGUUGGUGAGUAGGGCCAACAAGGAAAGCAAAUUAACAAAAUAAAAAUAAAAAUGAUAAUGAAAAGGAAAUCAACAACAACUGGAGCCCAUCCAAUGUUCAGUAACCAAAAAUUCGAAUUGUGUAACAUAAAGAUAUAUCUUAGAAGGUAAGCAACGAAUUGAGAGGCAAUGUCUCCCGACACACGCAUACAUACUUAGCAAGUUAGAGCCACAUACUAGUAUGUCCAAUACUAGUGAUGUAUUUAUGCAUUAACUACUAAGUAAUAUAAUUGUUUGUUUUUCGAAUAGUCAAAAUUCAAGAGACAGUCUCUCAACUUAGCCUUAGCAAGUGAGUUACUUACAAGAAUACAUGUACGGAUAACAAUUUUUUUUACUAGCCCUAGCUUAGACUAAUAAGAAAUUCCUUACACUAGGCUGAAAUAAUGCGCAUUUAAACAAAAAGGACAAAAGCAAAAAAAAAAAGAAAAAACAAGAUUUACCUUGCUUCGUAAUAAGAAACGCCUUACAAAAAUUAUUUAUUUCAAAAAUAUUAGCUGUUAGAGGAAAGGAGGAGGAAAGGAGAAAUAUAAAUUUCAAAAUUGUCUUUUUUGCAUUAUUUGUUGCACGGAAUUAAUUACAAAUUAAAACUUAAAUGUGGCUAAACAUACGAGUAUGAGUCGUUCUCUGUGCAAUGGUUUUUUGCCAUUGCUUGCUGGCGCUCAAAAGUAGGCAAUAGUUUUCAACAGAUAAGUAAUGCAAGCAAAUAAGAUUCAGAACAGAACAAAAGACAUACUUAAAUGAGAAUAUUAACGAAAAUUAAAUACGCUACAAAAACGAAUUCAUUUAUAUAAACUUAUAUAUGCAGCGUUUGCUUUAAUGUUUAAUGUUGAGAGCAUUUUAUAUACACACAUCCAAACAUGCAUAUGACACACACACACACACACACACACAUACAUCUAGAAGUACAUUUAUGAAGAGUUGUAGUUGUUUAAGAAAAUAUGCCAAAGUACCUGAUAGUAUUUAAGUUGUCUUCUCCUGCUUUCAUCGUGUGUGUAGCCCUCAGCUAUUUAUGAUUGGGGCUGAAGAAUGAAGAAUGUUUAUGUAGCAUUUAAGUCAAUGAUAUAUUAUCAAAAUGCGGUUGCAGUGCUGCACGCAUACAAGUAUACUCGUAGCAUGUGUGUGUGCAUUAAUACACUUGCAAGCCAGGAAACCAGCAAACAAACAACCGAACGAACAAACUAUUUACUAGAAAAUCCACUUCUGCCAGCUCAACAGACCCUUUUUCUUGUGGUCACCCACAUACACACAAACACAUAAACACACGCGCUCGCGUUCCAUUGCAGAACAAAGCUUGCCUAGAAGAAGAAUGCUUUAGCUCUUCACUUUUCACCAAAUCUCAGCUCAGCAUGCACUCGAUUUUUUGACUACAAUCAUUUAUAAAUACCAUAUAAUUUACGUUAAGUUUCGCUAAGUGUAUCUAUAAGGUAUUUAAUAGCGUAAUGGCUAAGUAUGCAUGUAUGUACA